GGAUAACUGCCGAAUGCGCUGAGUGCAGUUGAGUAUUGACUUUUUCCCGUGUCGGACGCAUUGAAACAGUGAAGCGCAUCAAACAGCGGCGUUACAAAAAAAAAAAAAAUUCAGCAGUUACACAAGAGUCCUUCUGGUUGGAUAUAAAAAUCGUAGAGAAUUUAUCAAUAUCGUUUUUUUAUACACCAUAUUGCAUGUUUUGCAUAAUUGCUACAACAAAAUAAAUAAUAAAACUAGAGAGCAUUGCAAAAAAUCGAUGAUUACAGGCUUUUUGCCGUUUGUGGCAAACAUUUGAAGCAAUUUUUAAAAGAGCAUUGCACAAUACAAUUAACUACAAGCAGCGCUGGGAAAAAGCAAAGUCGCAUGUAAUUCCACGCAUUCAACGGAAGAACUUUGCAAACUAUUUGUAUACUUAGAGCAAAAUAUUCAAGCUAGUAAUAGAAAUUGAUGCCUAUUUAACACGGUAAAAGCAAAUUAAUUCCAUAAGGUGCCGCGCGUGGAGUGCGGCAGAAGGGAAAAUAUCGAUUUGUAACAUAAAACAUAUAUGUACGUUUGGCAGCUAGCAGCAACAAAGCACAGGACAGCUAUACGGCAAGCGCGGAUCGGGAACUAACAGCGAAGCCUUGCUACGAGUUGUCACGAAAGGACUAAGCUAAACGGUGAAGUGAACUGGAACGACAAGCAAUUGCAAAAACAAAAAAGCAAAUACAGUGAACUUUAGUGCAACUAUAUUUAUAGUAAGGAAGGCAAUAGUCACAGCUGUUGACAGCGGGGUGAGUGGCGUAUCCAGUGCUUCCGGUAGAGCGUUGACAACGCACGGGCAAUACCGUUACUUAAAGCGAAAAAAAAGCACACUGCGGCACAUAGAGAGUGCGGCAGUUAGAGAGUGCGGAAAUUGCAAAACAAAACGUGAGCGUGCAAUUGAGAGCAAACCGUUACUGAGCAAGAGCGCACAACUACACUGACAGCAGCAACACUUUGAAGCGCAUCCUUAAACGAAAUAUAUAUUUUUUUACUGUUAAUUAGUGUGCAUCAACUAUCCUACGAUUUACUACGACACUUUGCGCGUACGCCGCUGUGAUAGUACGCGCUGUCGUAUACGUAACCAAUUUUGUAACGCGCUCACCUUGACUCACAUUCACUGAUUAUAAGCAGUGGCUCUAAUACGCUGUACGUCGACUAGUUGAAAACAUAAAUUCUAUGCCAAAACCAGCAAAAUGUUGCCAUAAAUUGUACGCACACGCGAUAACUUGGCCAAGCGCAAGUUGCAUUUCCGCGCCGAUAUUCUUCGAUUUUUUUUAAAUUGUCACAAAUUUACAUGCAAACCACUGCAAUACAACCAAAAUAAACACUACGUACCAAAAGUAACUAGAAUAACGUGAAAAAUCUGUGCCAAAGGCUGCGCCUAAAACGUAAAUAUUUUUUUACCAAUAAACAAACGCUUUUGUUUAUAAGCGUUACUUACCUUGUUUUCUUGCCUCUUUUUUUUCUUUUACAAAUUUGUACAAAUUUACAAUUUUCGUGUGGUUGUCGGUUCGUUGGUCGGUGAGACCCGUCUAUUAGCCAUUGCAACAGCAGCUGUAACAACAAUUACAACAACAACACUAGCAGCAAAUUUACGCCGUUGUCGUUGUUGUUGCUGGUGUCGGUGUCGGCAUCGUACGCUGCUUGGUGCCGUCGCUCGCUUCGUAAGUCAAAGUAAAAAUUCCGCCGACGUUGGUCCUGUCGCAACUAUUCGCUUGCAUCAAAAAAAGCCGAUUUAAACCAAUGCAUUUAGGUUUCAAACGUGCAAAACGCCAAAACCAAAAACGUUUUUCGAUUAGUAAAAAAUGUCUUUGCCCCGAGAAUGGAAUCUUCCGAAUUCACGGGGACCGUUACACGGCACGAGUGAAUCGUACCCAACUGGUGGAGUCCAGCACCAGUCGGGAGGGUUCAUUCGCACAUCCACGGACAGCGAUGGUGACUGUGGCGUUUACAUCACCGAUCGGCAUAAUCAUCACGCCGCCACCAAUAUACCACCAUCGCCGCCACCUUCACUUGUCGGCGCUUCGUGUGAACUGCCGACAACGGUUGCUUGCUCUCAACCCGCCCCACCAUCAUUGCUCACCGAGUAUCAACAGUCGACUGGUUCGCUCUUCUCAGUCGUGUCGGCACCACCGGUACCGCUCGCCGAACUUGACGUCAAACAAGUGGAUGCGCUUAAUAGCGGUGGAUUCCACAAGGUCAUGGGGAUCGCUGGAGGUGUUGGUCUGCAAGCUGGCGUCGGCAUGGGUUUAUCAACGAUGGGUGGUAGUGCACAAAAUGCCUACUCGACCACAUCAAUGGAUGCAACAGCUACCGCGGCAGUUAUGGCUGCAGGCGCCACAAUCAAUUGCCCGAUGGACGGUACGGCUACGAUCGCUGGCACCACCACACAUGGCAUACAACGUCGUCCGGCAACGUUGCCCAUUAAUACGCCAUACUGUCCGGCACCGGUUAGCCGCACUUUGCACUCGAGCCUCUUGGAGCAUCAAAUUGCCGAAAUUGAAGAAGAGGAUAAUGAAAAUCUGUUGACUGUCUCCAGUAUUACAGCGCGUCCAUUAAUCGCCAAAUCGCGUGAGAUACGUUCGAAUCGACAGUUGCAGCUGAUCGAACAAUCCGCGAAACGUGGAGCUAAACAAACGCGACGCGCUAAUCUGUCCGCACAUGCCGCCGACGGCAGGUCCGCCGAUACGGAUCAGUGUGUAGCGGGCAAGCGUACAACCUCUGCUUCAUCACGUUCCUCAGUUAAUACUGAUCCACCAGAUGGUGGUUAUGGUUGGCUAAUUGUUUUUGGCGCAUUUUCAGUGCAAUUUUGGGUUGCAGGCUUGGUUAAGUCAUAUGGCGUGCUCUAUGUGGAAAUAAUGGAAACAUUUCCCAGUUCAACGGCAACCGUUGCUUCUUGGAUACCCGCCAUACUAUCAGCAUUAUGCUUAGUUUUAGCGCCAGUCUCUAGCGCACUAUGUCAGCGAUUUUCUUGCCGUUCGGUGGUUUUCGUUGGCGGUAUAUUCUGUGCGUUGGGACUUACGCUUAGCUACUUUGCGACUAGUCUGUUACAUUUGCUCAUUACCUUUGGAGUUUUGACAGGUAUCGGUGGCGGCCUCUCUACAACACCCGGAAUCGUAAUUGUGUCACAGUAUUUCGACAAGCAUCGUGCGCUAGCAAAUGGCAUCUGUGUUUCGGGCACCGCCGCUGGUAGUUUUAUAUUACCGGUGCUUAUAAAACAUCUCGCAGAGAAAUUCGGCUUCCAUGGAACGAUUUUAAUUUUGGGCGGUUGCAUGUUUCAUGUUUGCAUCUCAGCCACACUUUACAGACCUAUAGAGGAUUACAAUAGUGAAAGUGGCAAGUUAAACGAGGAGGAGGAAGAGUCGGCGAAACCGCUGAAUGACAUCAAUCCCAGUACAACGGGCAUGCUUACUGGCUCCACAUACUUGGACACAUGUGAUGCUACGCUCAACAAUAAAUUUAUCGAACAUCUGUUUCUUGAGGAAUCAAAAAACCGACUUAAUGAUCUAUACUCGGGCAAGCAAAGUGCAAAUGAAAAGCAAAUUGCCGCUGGCCACGAAACUGAUGAUGAUGAGGUAAAGGAUGUUAUUGGUGAGACAACAUUUAUCAAGCCAAUGAAGAAGGUGCGCAGUUCGGGUAUUAUGCAUUCUGUGGAAGAUCUCAGCACCGACUCCACUUGGGUGUAUCGCAAGAAUUCCGGUACCGAUUCCAAUCGUGGUAGCCGACGACGUCGAAACGUGUUUGCGAAUGACGAAAUCAUUUCGAAGAUACAAGCACAUCUGGAGAAACCGCUCUCCCCACCAGCCGUGGUGACACGUGGCCUGAGCAAAAGCAUGGAGAUACCCACACCAGUUAGUAAUUUUACUGACUUGAACAAACGUGGUGAGCUGCAUGACCUCAGUGGUGCUAUAGUAGCUCAACCACCAAUAGAUGCUGGCGUCAGCGAAGACGAUGAUGAUGACGAUGUACCACGCACCUGCUGUGAACGCAUUGAAAUGUACUUGGACAUUAGUUUAUUGAAAGAUACCACAUUCAUAUUGAUGUGCUUGUCUGUGACAUUGAUGUCGGUCGGUUGUCCCUACAUGCUUUACUAUCUUCCGGCACAUGUCAUUUCCAUAGGCAACAACAAAAGUCAGGCCGGUUAUCUAGUCGCCGUGAGUGCUGUGUUGGAUUUAUGUGGACGCUUGGGUCUUGGCUGGUUGUCCGAUUUGCAACUUUUCGAUCGCAAAAAGACCUACAUUUUCUGUAUACUGGGCGCCGGCAUAGCCGUACUUACAAUACCGUCUGAGGACACGCUUUAUUUGAUUGGACUAUCCGCUGCUGUUUAUGGCUUCUGUUUGGGCAGCUGGUACGUGUUAAUGCCGGUUUUGUUGGCUGACAUCUUCGGCACGGAUCGUAUUAGUUCCAGCUAUGGUUUGGUGCGUAUGUUUCAGAGCAUUGGCGCAAUUUCGGUGCCACCGUUAGCCGGCUUUCUACGCGAUCUUUCUGGUAGCUACGAGAUAUGUUUCUACUGUAUGGGCGCUUGCAUGGUGUUGGGCAGCAUACCGCUACUGGUUUCGGCGCUGCUUGAAAGCCGCGAACGUGAUCCCUUCGAACAACCCGAUGAAAGUGAUGAGAACUCUACAGUAUCUUAAGCGGUUUUGGAUGGAAAUUUUUUCUUGACAGCAAUUUUAUUGACUGUUUUAUGAUUUGUAUAGCACAUGGAGUUUAAAAAGUGAUAAAUGUGUCUCCCUGUGCUUAUGCUA